ACGAACGUACACUGUUUGUACAUAGAGGAACUAGCAGUUUGGCCAGUCAGAGCCUGACAAAAGCGCUUUUAUAAAGCUGUACGUCAUGUGCUGAGUUUCCACAUCUGGUUUUAUACGGCCCUAGGUAAACGCGUAGCCGUCUUCUGUCGGCAUGAAUCUCGGGGACGGCCUGCUUUUUGAACUUGAAAAUGGAAAACCCAAGUUGAUUUUGCUCAGUCAUGGUGUUGAUAAAAAUCCAGCAAAGCUGUCCUUCAGGCCUAGAGCAGCAAACAUCCUCAGCUGCCGGCAGGCCUCCUGUGUGUCAGAUGUACAGGGGGAGGAGCAUCCACUCCGACAGCUGGCAAUGAGGCACAGAGGGGCCAGGACUAAGGCAGGAGGAGCAGGUGCAUCUGUCACCUCCAAUACUGAAGGGGAGAGUGCCAGCUUGACUUCAAUGAAAACACAUGAUCAUCACAAAGUUGGCGUCGUCAAAGCUGUGGCCAAGGUGAAGUCUGACAGGCAGAAACACAGUAUUACUCUUGGGCCCCUGAGAGCCGGUGAGAAAACGGGACAAGCGGGAAACACUAGGACUCGAGGAGCUGGAAAGGCAGGAUUUAAAGACCCAGCAGCCAGUAAGGAUGCAGCACUGAAGGACAGCAUGGUGUGUCUGACCAAUGAGGAGCUGCAGCACAUCCUCAGCACUGUCCAGACCUCCAGCAACAUGCAGCACCCACCAGAGGAUGACAAGAUUCAAGGAAGCAAUGGAAAUCAAGCAAGCUCAAAGUCUGGCUACUCACAGAAUGGAGGAGGAGGAGGGAAUAUGAAGGAGGAAGACAGAGGAGGAGGGGAGGGAGUAAAGAAAGGAGAUGGAGAAGGAACAGAUUCAAUGGGAACCUCACAACAGAAAGACAACAAGUUGUCUGGAGGUAUGUUCAGCUGGCUGGAAGAGCGACAGUCGGACAGCAAGGCAGCCAUUGAAGCUAAGAAAGCUCAGUGGAAGAAAGAACUCGAUGAACAGGUGGCCUUAAAGCAGCAGCAACAUUCAGCACCCAGCAGACUGCAGGCUGAGGAGGACACACAGAGUGUGUUGUCAGUGCAGAGUUCGAUCGGCCACAAACAGCAGCCGCCAGCCAUCAGAUCCAGCCUCAGACUCGGGGAGGUCACUCCGAUGGAGGAGGAGAUGCUAAGUGUUGAGAGGAGAGAAGAACAGAGGAGGCGCUGGUUGGAGGAGCUGGACCGUCAGAGAGAGGAGAUGACUGAGCGCAGGAGACGAGAGAAAGUGCUGCAGAGUCAGGCGGAGGACCACGAGCUCUGGGCUACACAUUUUGACUCGCUGCAGAGGAGGCCUCCUGUCCAGCCUGCAGCUCCAUCAGCGCUGCCACCGGCUCAGUUCAGCAGCUCUGAACGGGGAGACUGGGAGCCCUUGUCAAGCCUUUCGCUCGUCUGGGAUGCUACGAGCAGCUGUGGAGCAGAUAGUGUCGCAGGAAACAGUGUGGACACAACCCGUGGGUACCCAACCAGGGCCAGCUAUCUGAGGACCAUGACCUCCCUGUUGGAUCCUGCCCAGAUAGAGGAGAGAGAGCAGAGGAGGCUCAAACAGCUUGAACAGCAGCGAGCUAUCGAAGCCCAAGUGGAGGAGCGUCGUCUGCAAAGAGAACGAGAGGAGGCGAAGAGGAGACGGGAGGAGGAGGAAGAAGAGAGGAGGGUGGCGCUGGAAAGGGAAAUGCUGCAGAGACAGUAUGAGAUAGACACACUGAAGGAGAGGGAAAAGGAGCAAUCGAUUGAUCAGGAGGAGCAGCUAAAAAAAAGGAGCAAUGAUGGCAGAUUGCAACAGGCACUGGAGGCCAACGCAGUUACCAGGCAGGCUGAAGAUUUGGAGGACACCAGCACUUCGGCUUUCUCUUACAAAGACGCUGCUGUACAGACAGAAGCUGCUCCUUCUCUCCCGCUCAGAGCUCAGACUCCAGAUGUCUCCGUGCAGCCUCCUCCAUCUCUGCCCACUGCUGCCCCUCCUCCAAACAGCAGGAGCAGAGCAUUGAGAACAGGAAAGGAGAACAUUUGUCUGCCAGCUGGAGGAGACCCAUAUGAGCCGUUUGCCAGGACAGAGAAGAGCAGGAGGGACGAGAGGAGACCUGAGUGGAACACGCAGAGACCAAACCGUCGGUUCGUUCCAGCCUCGGAGCGUUACCCAGCUUCUCUGCAGAGGAACAGACAGGAGAGUCGACUAAAGAGGCAAGCUGAGCUCCUCGCUCUGCAGGAGAGGACCUGUCUGCCGAGGACUGACCCACCUCCUCCUCCUCCACCCCAGGAGCUUCGCCUGUGCCCCAACAUCAUGCAAACCAGAACCAGUCCCACCAGGAAGGUGGAAACCAACUCCAGAGGGCACAUCAUCUCCACAGGCUUAAACACUGAAAGAGGGCGCUCUCCUCCUGUCCCUGCAGUCAAACACAGAGCACAGAGUCAGCAUGCCUCCAAUACUCUUCCUCUGGUCUCGGAGUUCAUUCCUUACGUCAGGACUGAUGAAGUCUUCAACCUGGACCCUCUGGAGGCUGCUGACACUCCUCCACCCCUCACACACUCAGGAGCGCCUCCUCCAUCACAUCGAGACCCCCUCCUCCACCCAGAGCUGCUUCGUAACACCCACACACACCGACAGCAGGAGAUCCUCAGAUGCCUGGCUCAGCUCCGCCAGGGUUUGUUACUGAAGCAGCGGGAGCUAGAGUCAGAUCUGAAUCCUUCCCAAAGUGUCACGACGAGCACCGGAUUCCCUCAACAUCACACCGCACGUGACCUCCGACCUGUGUCAAAUAAAAACCUCAGCACUCUCAUGUGAGUGCAUUUAUUUUGAUACUAUAGAGUCCUUCAGACUUGACGACCUCAGGAGGUCCAGCCCUUGAGGGGACAGAUGAUCAGCGCACUACAAUGUCACAAAUCAGCAGUAGACUCCACUGCACCUAUGACCAGGAGAUAGACAGUUUGUUACUGUUUCACUGUUAAACUAAUCUAACAAUGGAUUCAAGCAACCCCUGAAUGAGUCACUGAGUGUAAUUCUCCAUAAACUCUUCUUCCCACUGCACAAAAGGGAAGAGUAAAUAUUCCAGAGAUGGUUGUAGCUCUCAUGAGCUGCUCAAUUAUAGAAAAACCCAAAUUAAAUCAUUAUUUUUCUUAAUAUUUAAUUUAUUUAACAUUGGGGACACAGCGAUGUUCAAAAUUCUGUUAACGCUGAAAUUGCAACACUGCUUGUCUACCAGCUGGACUGUUGAAAAGGUUCUGGAUGAAUAGGCAUACAAAGUUUGCCCUUUUUUGGGGGGUCAUUCUAAACCAGGGAAGUUUUCUGGAAUAUCCUUAAAAUAUUCCUUUUACAAAAAGAAGAAGCCAGGAAAUGGAGUACUGAACUACAGGUGUCAUGUUUUAAGCAAAAAAAAAAGCACAAUAGUAAUAAAACGGAGUUAAGACAAAUGUUCAUGGUGCAUAAAAGCUGAACUGGUGUGAAUAUGUCAGAGUAAACUGAUCCCUCAGAGCUGCAGAGGGGAGCGGUCCACGAAUCAGACGCCGCGGUGUCUGAGGCUCAGAGCUGAAGACUCUGACGGGAAACUGACCGUCCAGCACUCUGCAGGUGUACUUGACUGCGACAGUGAACCAGUGAUGUGGACGUGGGCACUGAGCAGAUAUGAAAGUCUGAUGAUAAUCGUUUCUCUAUGUUCAGCUAAGAAUCAUAGCUGAAGAUGAAAUCCUUUGUAGUAUCGACGCCCCGCCUACAGACCACCAACAAGGGGUGGCCAUAGACUGUAUAUAAAAGAUGGACAUAGCCACUGUGACAUCACCCAUGUGUUAGCUGAUGUUUUUGAAACUAGGCAUUGCAGAUGGAGUGUGGAUGUAACUAAAAUGCUCGUAGGAUAGCGAAAUGUCAGUCACACACGCCUUAAAACUAUCUUUUUUUUUUUUUUUUUUUUUUUUUUUGAGUCUGAUGGCCAUAAACAUGCAGACUUCAGUUCAAUGUUGCAUUUUUUAUUUGUUUUCUAUGUUUUAAGGUUGGUGCUCAACAUUUAGUGUAGUUUACAUUUAGUUCUACUUAAAAUACUUGAAGGUUUUACUCGCCCCAAAGAAGAUUCUUUAUUAACAGGUUGCUAACAAGACGACAGAAGCUGUCGGGGAACAUUAAGUCUAAUCAAGCCAAACACAGGAGCUCAGUGGUCACGCCCCUAAAGUCAUGUAACUGUAGUGUAGUCUGUUUUGAGUUUAACAGUAAAAUUAGUGAAUUUUACUCAUCUUUCCCACAGAGCCUGUUAUCUGCAAUAAUCAAAACCCGAGCUGUAGCAAUUGCAGCUUCUGUACUGAUCAAUGGGUUGGUUUCACCUCUUAGACCUGGAUGUCCAUCUUUUACAUACAACUCAUCUCUGCUGAGGUUGGUGGUUGAGUUUCAUUGUGGGUAAUGUGAGAAGCUGAUUUUGGAACAAGACGGCAGAAUGAGGUGACGUAUAUCAUCCUGUGGCUUCAGUUUAUUUUUGUGUUUUUCGUUCGUUCCUCACGAGUCCAACGCUAUUAAAUGAGUUAAAGAUAAAAAUCUGCCCCUUUUCUCUGAGGGAGGCUGUUAGAUUUCACAGCCUGAUGGGAAAAUUAAUCAAAUUUUAGUGGCUAAACCUUAAAAACAUGAGGUUUUCUCGAAGAGACACAAAAGUCUCACAAAUUAAAAAAGAAGCAGAGUGAGCCUUUAAAGUUAAUUCAAACAGACAGCACUGAAACUGAAACGCCUCCUCCAAACGGGAAGUCUUUCUCCUGCUGCUCACUGGCUGAGUUUCUUGGUGAAUCGCUUUACAUGAGGAACAUAUUUUAAUGUUUUUAAAUGCACUUUUUUUAUAAGAACGACACGGUACCUGACAACUGUUGAGUUUUUCCAUUUUUCCUGCAGAGAAGUGAGGAACAAAAAAUGUUUCUUUAUUUUCUGCUGCCUAAGAAGCUUUGUGUUUCUGUGUAAUUUUCAUUGUGCUGAUGUAUUUUUUAUUUAUUUUAAAUGUAAUAAAUGUUUGGAGACCUGUGGUUUA